GUUUUUGCGUGUAUUUAGCACCUUGUCAACAUGCAGAGCCUCCAGUCCCAGUCGCUGCGCUGCUCGCGGGUCCACUCGUUCACCAGCGCUCCGCGGCCAGUCACGCGGUGCUCUCUGCGCGUUGCAUGCAGCACCUCGGACCGUAACUUCCAGCGUGCCGAGGAGGUGCCCUCGGCUGUAACCCGGGUGGCGCAUGCUUGCGUGGCGUCGAUCGCUGCUCUCACCGUCCUGGCUUCCGGUGUGAGCCCCGCGCUCGCUCGCCCUGAGGGCGUCAACCGGCCAGACCUGCUGCCUAAGGGCGAGGUGACGUCGGUCAUUGAUGUGGCAGGCUUCCUGACGCCUUCGGAGGAGAAGCGCAUCAUCACGGAGGUAUCCAACCUGGAGAAGGACACCGGCUUCAAGCUGCGUGUGCUGGCGCAAAACUACCCUGAGACGCCGGGCCUGGCCAUCCGCGAGUACUGGGGUGUGGAUGACAACACGGUGGUGUUUGUGGCCGAUCCCACCUUUGGCGACAUCCUCAACUUCAACGUGGGCGCCGGCAUCGACCUGGAGGUGCCGCGAAGCUUCUGGGGCCGCCUGGCGGGCAAGUACGGCAACAAGUUCUACUGGCAGGAGAACGGCGAGGCGGCUUCCAUCCUCAACGCGGUGUCGGCGAUCGACACGUGCCUUCGCGAGGAGCCCGGCCGCUUCAAGUGCAGCACCGUACAGGGGGACUUCGGUGAGAAGGCCACCUCCGGCCCCUUCGGCAAGGCCUUUGGCCUCGACAAGUAAACACGGAUCAUGAACGGCGUUUGGUCUCGAUAAAUGACGUAGCAACGUGUGUGAUGCGAUGAAUUCGUUGGCCGCUGGAACAGAGCAAGGGGCAUGAGGCCCCACGGCCAUGAUUUGGGGGCUAAUGCUGCUGACAGGCGCGCGGGCAUUGCCUGGUGGUGUUCGAAGGGCUAGGGCUUACAUUGAGAUUUUGAGGCCUGAGGUCAGCAGGAGGCGGCAUGGUGAAUGAAGCUGGUCACAUGCACGGCAUGUGUGUUGGUGUACGGUACGGAAUGUGUGAGCUCUAGGCAAGGGGGGCGGGCUUGAAAACAGGGAAAGCGUGGAGGUGCUGGAGUGGGCGGCCGCCAGCAGCCCGGAUGACGGAGCAGGGCUAAAGGCUACCGGUAGCUUCGCAGGCUUUGCGUGGAAGGGGAAAGUGUUUAGGCAAUCAAGUGUUUGGGAGUUGCAGGAGGUGUGGCCGAGGACAUUGGAGCGUAGGGGAUGGGCUUUAUAUUUUCACGCGUGCACCAGGCGGUUCGCAGCUUUCAACCAUGCGUCUCCUGGGGGAUGUAUUUUAAAGUUACGGUGUAACCUUAACUCCCC